CGCAUAUAUCGUUACUAUCGUGAUCUUAACUUCUGCACAAUACGGAGACUUUCCAGUUGUUGUGAAGCAGUCUGACUAUUGUCCAGCUGUCGCGGGAGGUGGCGCCGUCUUGCCUGGACUAAAGCGGAAGUUGUUCUAGCAAAGUCAACGUCGUCAUCUUGAAAUUUCCCCACCACCAGCCAUCGGCGAUAAAGGUUCUCCCUACAACUAUUAUCGGGUAGCAAGAUAGGGAAGAAGUUGCGACAAUGAAGAUCGCGUGCUUGCAGUUUGCGCCUCAGGUCGGCGAUGUCGAUAACAACCUAAAUCGAGCCGAUGCCAUCCUCAAUAAGGCGAAUCCUCAAGACCUGGACCUUCUCGUCCUACCCGAAUUAGCGGUUACAGGCUACAACUUCCGAUCUCUGCGCGACAUCUCUCCAUUCCUCGAGCCGACUGGCGCAGGAAUCUCUUCCGUAUGGGCGAGAACGACUGCUCUCAAGUACAACUGCACAACAAUCGUCGGCUACCCCGAGAAGAUGGAUGUGUCAAGACAAUGGCCAACGUCUCCCGAAUACUAUAAUUCCGCGUUAAUGGUGAACCAAGACGGAGACACUAUUGGGAAUUAUCGAAAGAGUCAUCUGUAUUAUACCGAUGAAACAUGGGCUCUUGAGGGGUCUGGCUUUUUCAAGGGUCGUCUUCCCGGAAUCAAGGGCAAUGUAGCCAUGGGUAUUUGUAUGGAUAUUAACCCCUAUAAAUUCGAAGCUCCAUGGCAUGCUUUUGAAUUCGCAUUCCAUGUCUUAGAAUCCAACGCGAAUGUAGUUAUCCUAAGCAUGGCUUGGCUUACCACCGAAGAUUUCGGAGUCUACUCGAGUAAAAGCUCAGAGCCUGAUUUGGAUACGUUAACCUACUGGUUAACUAGGUUGGAGCCUCUGAUUCGCGCCGAAACUGAGGAAGAGAUCAUCGUAAUAUUUGCGAACCGGACUGGAGUUGAAGAUAAUGCUGUGUACGCAGGCACCAGUGCGGUGAUCGGGAUCCAGGACGGCGAAGUCAAUGUAUACGGUGUUCUUUCACGAGGAGCAAAGGAACUUUUAGUCGUUGAUACGGAAACCGCCCCAUACGCCAAACUGGUGUACCGACCGGAAGGAGAAGAAAAAUCAGCCAGUGGGACGGGUAGCGAAUUCAUGAUGCAACCAAACGACGAAUCAAGCCAAGGAGGGCCAUCGGAUACCUCGAAUGCCUCGUCCACUCUAUCGGGAAAGCCUAGUGCAUCCACUGGCUCAAGUAACGAAAGUCCAGAGCCGCUCAUGGAAUCCGGUCGUCGAAGUGCUCCACGCACAAGGCAUGGCGAGUCUCCAAUCUCGCCCCAAUAUUCUUGGAAGCGGUCUCCCUUAGGUACUGACCCUAAUGAAUUAGCGGAUGACCUUACACCUCGAAGUGUUGAUCUAGAUCCCGAUGCCGAAUUUUCUGGACUGGUUAGCAAUUUCAACAAUCCUCCCACGACUAGCGAGGCCUCUAUUAGACGACCCACGUCAACAAAGUCCCGCAAUGCAAGCCGUCAUAGGACCCGUCACUCACAAUCUACUAGCACAGUAGAUCAAUCACCUCAAUCAAUCCCAAUUGGUGUGAUGAGACAAAGAGACCAGGAAGUUAAAGCAUCGCCUAGGAAAAUAACACCUGGCGUUACGCCAGCGAUGCUGUCUCCGGAUCUGGAAAAACUUGGUGCAGACCUAAUGGUAUUCCAGGGGGACUUGGCCGGACCGAGACGUGAUAGUCUCAUAUGUAACGUUGACGAGGAGGAUUAUGCCGCUGUACUACUGGCUAAGCGGAAGGACUCUGCCAGAAGAAGUCCAACGAAGUCAGAUCCUCAUACCGGGCGCUCUAGUUCUCGACACGCCAGGGCAAAUGACUCCCCGAAAUACAGCAGUGAAAGGUCUCACUCGAGAAGUAAAGCUUCAAACGAAUCUCCAAUUUCGCCUCUUGAAACAAGUCAAGGGACGCCUGCUCGCCCGGCAAGUCGUGGCAGACAUCGUAGUGGCAGUACGACAAUGCCGAAAAGCCUAUCAAAGAAGACUUCCCAUGGCCGCAUGACUUCCAAUGAGAUCCCUCCACCUCUACCUAGUGAAGCACGGGGGUUGACCAAUGAGUCCAACCGCCACACUAGACACCAGAGCGAAGGCAUAUCUAAUACAACGUCGCCGUCUCAUCGGCAUCGACAAAAUCCUGUACCGGUGGCUAGCAAGCCGACAAGGUACAAGAACCCUGAACCCGCCGCUGACCGCGAGCUGCAUGAGGCGUCGCUGCCAGUCAAGACGACAAAGCAUCGCAAGGGAGACUCGCGCUCAGCCUUAAGCAAGGAGGCUGUUUUCUCUCAAAAGCCUGCCGAAUCGAACCCGAGUACUCACUCCCCUCGGGCUUUCGCAGAGCCCAAAGCACGAGCGCCCAAGUUCGUCCCAGAAAGAAUUCCGCCAACCCCUAAAGCCAUGAUACUCCCUCCAGACUAUGACGGCAGCACCAACCACCAAAGCAUGCCGGUGCCACCAAGGAAACAACAACAGGUAAUUAAUGUGAAAUGUGUCGACGAAAAUACUGAAGUGAGGGAAGAGAGACCAAGGAGUGCUGUAUGGUAGAUAUGGAUAAGUGUAUCAAGACUUCAUGACGUUAUUAUUAUCUUGCUUGCUGUAGCGAGGAGUUCGGGGGAAUGUGCUGUGUAUGUUAGUUUUAGGUAGUAUGACACUUGUAACUAGAUAUUGAUAUUGAAGUAAAGUCUCUGUCUCUGGGU